AUGGAUGGGAAUAAUUCUGAUGACAAUACAAAAAUGUGGACGCCCAGAAUUGAAACGAAAUUAAUAAAUAUGUUGAGAGAUGAGGUUAGAAACAAUCAAACAACAGGCCGUACUACUUCGUGGACAAUUAGGCAUUGGAAUCAUUAUGCAAAUCUGUUGCACAACAUGUAUGGAUUUCGGUAUACGGGAAAGCAGGCACAGACUAGUCUGGGAUGGGAUCCCAUUAUAGGCAUUGUUAUUACACCCGAUGAAUUUUGGGAUAAGGCUAGCAGAAAUGUGAAGAAGUUUAGGACAAAAGGGUUUGAAUAUUUUCAAGAAAUGACAGAAAUUGUUGAAAAUUGUUGUGCCACGGGGGCCUUGUCUCGUGCAUCCACACAAGGAGCCCUUGACUCAAAAGAAGAAGAUGACAUGUUAAAUAAAUUUUGGAACCCUGAUGUUAGUGGGAGUAAUGCUGGUGGGAGUAAUGCUGCUAAGGCCAUUCCUGUUGACUUAUUUAGGGAUGAGUACAUGGAUCCAGCAAAGGGCAAAAGUCACAAGAGGGGCCCUGCAACCAGCCAGACUGACAGACAUUCACGUGCACGAGAAAAUGAGACAGAGGCUGUAAGUGCAGGUGGUGAUGAUUAUUCCCUUGAUGCAUGUCAAGAUGCAUUGCUAGAGCUUGGGGACAUACCACCAUUGCAGUACGUUAGGGCACUAACACUGUUCAAGGAUAAGGAACGACGAAGGCUUUUUAUGCGCACUCCUACCCAUUUGCGCCUAGCCAUGAUCCUCGCUUUGCAGUGA